AAAGCCCGCUGCCGGAAGAGGGAGCCUCUAAUGCCAUCGGGACUCAACGCGCCUGCGCGACCGAAGUUAUAUCGGGCGGUGGCGCGAAGAGUGGCGGUCAGUGCGAAGCUAGUCGACCAGCGGAGCGGAACGUCGGAGGAAUGCCGGGAGAAAGAUAUCGAGUGUCUUCGGAGUCGUCGGCGGGGUCGGCGGAGGGUAGGCCCGCGGAGACGGUGGAAGAACGAAUCAAGGUCGACAGAAGGAAGAUGGAGUUGCUGAUAUCGGGUCAUCUGUCGGAAUGUCGCAUGUCGGGACCCGAUUUCUUCCUGGCGGUGAUGAGGCAGACGGACACGGUGGUUUCGUGGCCGGAGAGACUGAAGAUCGGAUCCAAGUCGAAGAAAGAUCCACAAGUUAAAAUAGAAGGUUUGCCUAUAAAUGUUGGAGUAGCUAAGGAAAUGAUUAUGCAAGUUCUAGAUGUUAAGGUAGACUUAUUAAUCGCUAAGAAUGCUUUAAAAUCUCUUUAG